AAUCGCAACCUAAUCUUUGACCUAUUUUCGUCCAACGUAAAAUUAAUUGUCACUUAUAACUCUUGGGAUACUUUUCAAUAUUCAGAUUCCAAUGUCAAAAUUUUAUCUCAGCCUGAUUCUGAUGCUUUAAUUUCAAGGUUUCAUGUUUUUUCAUUCACUUCUUACUACUGGUCAAUGUUUUUGUUGACCAUUUGUUUUAGUUUUCUCUUUUUUUUGAACAAUUGAGAAACUUUAAUGUAACUUAAUUGAUAUCGAGCUGUUCAGGAUAAGUAAGUGAGGUUUAAAAUCGCCUGAGGGUAAAUUGCCUGUCAGAACAGUUUCUAUGGUAGUUGACAUUAUCUUCAUGAUUGGAAUAUACAAGAAUUGCUCAGGAAAAUUGUUUGAGAGCAAAAAAAAAACGAUAAUAACUUUUGAUGGAUUAGGUUUCAGGUUAAAUGAUUGAUGUAAACAGAUUUAACCAGUAAGAUUAGUUGGAAAGCAAUGAAGAGGUGACAGUUCUGUAUAUUAUGAAGAUUCUCAUGAUGAUGGAACUGAAUAAAUCUUGAUUGUAUGAGAAAGUAGGGGAAUUCCAGUAGCAUAAAGUGAUCAUCAUUUUGUAGCUUCUGAAUGAGUCAAAAGAUGGAAACAGUUUGUUCAAGAUCAACAUGGUGUUUCAUUAUUUCCAUGCAUUUCUAAUAUUAUAUCUCGUAUUUGUCUCCAUCCUCAUCAUCUAGUGCUCUUCCACCCGCAUCCUUGAUCCCUCAUCUCUCACUUUGCUUGAAAACAAAACCUACGAUUAACUAUUUAAACUGAUGAACCUCUAAGAUGUAAACUCGGUUAUCUAACUGUAUUCAUGUUCACUGAAUUGUUCAGGUUCUCCCUGAGUUAUCAUGUUGAAGAUUUUUCAUCAUCAUAAUGUUCAUAUCUUGAUAACUUUUUCUUUGUUUACUAUUAAUAUUGCAUCAGAUUAAAUGAUGCUUAUCAUCAUCAGGGUAGAUUCAGAAUUUCUUCAGAGUAAAAGCAAAGUUCAUUGAGAAAAUAAGAAAAGAAGAUAUUUUUUUCAUCCAACCUCAAAGCUCAUUUUGUUUAUUAUUAUUUUGUAAUCACCGUGAUAAAGAUGAUAAACAAUUUCACCAUCUUAUGGGAAGGUAAUUAACAGGGGAAAUUAUCAUUAUGAUGAUUAUAAGGAUCAGAAAAAGUUCAGGCAUAGAAUCAGCUAUAAGUAGGUUUACUUUUUCGUAAUGAAAUUUGCUUGAAAUUUAUUUCAAUUAUCAUGAUAAUUUGCUUGUAAAUUAAUGAUUCGGAUAAAAAAUUUUCAAUUUCAAAUCAAUUACUCAAAAUUCAUUUUAAACACAGGAAAUGAAAUUCAUAAUAUUAAAUACAAGCAAAUGUAUUGAAUGAACCUUCAUGUUCACAUGGUUACUCAACUCUAGAAUGAUAAAAAAUUGAACAAUUGGUUUGAAAUUUUAUCUUCAAGUAAUAUUUUAUCUUCCUCUUCAUCCAAUGAAUUUAUCAUGAGACUCAUGUUUACGAUGAAUAUUUAAUAACUCGGAUGAACACAUGAAAUCAUUGAAAGCAAAUAAAUGUUGGCAAAAUUUUCCUUAACCCAUUCAAACAAUAAUCUAAAUCACCAGAAAUGAACAACUAAAAUUAAGAGACAAAGAUUAUCUCCAAGUAGUUAUGCAAAGACCUGGUCUGGGCCAAGCGUCCAUACUGGACCAACAUACUCGACCCACUUUUUGGAGGAAAAUUCAAAUUUUUUAAAACAGUAUAAAAGAGGAUACGAUGAAACAUAACAUGAUUUUACGAAUCAUCAUUUUCUCAUGACAGCUGAUGACAGAUCUGGACCAUUGAAGAUGAUACUGAGAUAUAUUCGCAGGUAUUUAAAUGUUCGUACCCGUCACUUCCAGAAUUGGAUUAAUAGAACCAUAAACACUGCUAUACAGCGUAUUGAAAUGGCUGAUGAAUUGAGAGAUCAACUUGAAGCCACUGGAAAAAGGAAUCAGACAUUUAAAGAGAAUAAUGAAAGAUUAUCCAAGGAAAUAGAUGAUCUGGCUGAAGAGUUAGAGGAAUCCGCCGACAUAAUAGAUGGUUAUACAGAUUCUAUCAAUUCAUUAAAUGAUAGAAGUUUGAAGACCGAAAUUAUCGAAGAUAAGAAAUAUAAUGAGUAUCUACUCAUUCGUCUUGAGAGAUACACCGGUCUUCCCAAAGACGAUUUUUCUGAAAGAUACAAUAAGUGGUGUGAAGUUAAAACACAAGAAAAUGAGCGGAAAGAAUCAGAAGAGACGUCAAAAAGAGCCAGAGGGCUUUAA